AUGAUGAGCAAAUACUCGCAAUUCUGGCCCAAGGGUGGUAUGCAGGGCAUCCUGCACCACUUCACAGAAACAUUGACCACUUUUGAAUACACGGCAAGCGCUGCCCGCAAGCCUCACAGUAUCCUGUUCGUAGGAGGCCUCGGCGAUGGUAUGGGAACGACGUCCUACACAGCCGAUCUGGUUCACGCCCUAUCACAAACAGAGUGGUCGCUCUUCUCGCUCACCCUCACAUCCUCAUACCAAUCGUGGGGCCUCGGACACCUUGACAGAGAUACGGAUGAGCUUGCACAAGCAAUAAGAUACAUCAAGGAUUACAAGACGUCAAAGUUCGGCGAUGACGGCAAGAUUGUGCUCAUGGGACACUCUACCGGCAGUCAGAUGGUGCUGCACUAUCUGUCGCGGUCAAACCCCCACACCACCAACCCCUCGUUCGACUCCGAUCUCAAGCAUUUGAAGCGAUUGGCGCUGGACGGAGCCAUCAUGCAGGCUCCUAUCAGCGACAGAGAGUGCAUCAAACUCGUCUGCCAGCAUGGCUUCCGCGGUAACACCCCCGACCAAUGCCAGGCCUACUACGAGCAGUUGGAGAAGAUGGCAAAAGAGUUUGCGAGCAAGGAAGACCAAACUUUCGAUGCGCUACUUCCUAUCCACUUGACAUAUCAGAUUGGCUACCCUGCCAACACACCGCUAUCUGCACGCCGUUUCUUGAGUCUCGUGAGCCCGGAAAGUCCUCACAACCCUUCAGAAGACGAUGUCUUCAGUUCAGAUCUCAGCGAUGAGCAACUGGCCAAGUCUUUCGGCAUGAUUCAAAAGCAAGGAUUGUUGAAGAACAAGAUGGCUGCCUUCUACUCGGGUGCAGACCAAGCAGUGCCCGAGUGGGUGGACAAGGCAGGUCUGAUGAAGAGAUGGGCAAAGGCAGCCAACGCUGGUGGAGACAAGGAGAUUUGGGAUGAGGAGCACACUGCUGUUGUACCCAAUGCUUCGCAUGCCUUGAGUAACGACGAUCAAGGCCCGGCUAGAAAGUUUCUGGUUGAGAAGGUGCUUGGAUACCUGAACAAGUCUACAGGUGCAUAG